GUUGGCCGACACGAAACUCCUUCUGCCUUUAACUGACAGUUUCACUGGUGUGUGUUGCCAUGGAUACAGCCAGACAAUACGCCAUGCCAGAGUUUGUAGCUAGCUCGCUAGCAUGUAAACUGGACAGGAACGGUGAAGUCUUGCCAAAAAGUAGUGAUAGGUAGAUUUUUUAUUUCGAUGGUAUUUAGAUAUGACUACUAAAAACUGGUUAAUUACUAAACCAGCUAAUUAUUUUCUUGACGAGUUUGUCGCCACCGAAUCCACUGUUCCCAGCAGUAACUUCAGCUGAGUAGCUUGCAGGAGGCUCAACAAAACCUUCAUCAUAGCAAACAUGGCAAGUCUAAGUAAAUCCCAAGGCAAGACUGCAAAAAAGGAGGCGAGGCCCCGAAGCCCACCAGAGAAGAAGACCCUGAAGGCUUCAGAGGAGAUGUCGUGUGUGAGCGAGCAGCAUGCUCCAAGCCCCCCUCUUAAAGGGGAGGACAUCCAGGCCCUGGCCAUUCGCUCUGAGGACCUGAAGAAGCUCCGGGAGCCCCAGCCCCCCAGUGACCAGCAGAAGCCGGCGGCGAUGAUGCGUGUCCUGGUGCGUAAGCCACGCCCCCCCGAGGAGAGCAGGAAGGGACAGAGAGUGGUGGUGGUGGCCCGCCCCCUCGCUCAGGCCUCCACCAAUCAGCCGCUGGACUACACAGGUCCUGGAGGUCCUCGGUUCGAUGCCCAGGGAAUGGUCCUGCCCCACAGCAUUCUGGGUAGUCUGGAGGACUUCAGAAGAGAGAUGGAGGCCAGGGGAGAGACAGAGUUGCUGAGUCGCAUCCCAGACACCCAGAGAAGAUGCCCCCAGGUGGUGGGAGGUCAGAAGGGAGCCGGAGUCCGGGGCCCCUCGUUCCCUGCCCCCCCUCCCCCCUGCGCUCCCCCUCCUCCCCUCUCUCCACCUCAGCUCCAGAGGGAGGUCCAGAGCCACGCCCUGCAGCACUGGCACAGCCACAUGAGGCAGCGCAGACGCCAGCAGGACUUCAUCUCUAAUCUUCUCCAGAAGCCCGUGGAGGGGUUGUUGAUGAACCAGAGUAACAGCUUCAGGCAGACCCAGGAACAGAGAGAGCUCCUGUCCCGGGCACUGCCGGCCAUCCACCCAGGACAUGGCCAGCGUGUGGGCAGUGAGUUCUGGAGUCUUCCUGAGCAGUUUGGGGAGGAGCUGAGUGGCAUCAGGGCCACUCUGACCCAGACCCAGAGAGGACGACAGCAGGCCCUCACACACGUAGCACAGCCUGCCAGCAUCCGACACGAGUCAGGGAACAUCCCCCUGGAGGCGUGUGAUGGAGCCAGGCGUACCUGGCUCCAGAGUGUGUACCUGAAACACUGCAGACAGGAGCUACGAGACGUCCUCAAACACCUGGACUUCAGCCAGCCUGAAAUGGAUGGGUUGGAGGUUAUCGGCUCAGGACAGCCCUUCACGUCCGUCACAGUGGAGCGGAGCCCCCUAUUGGAGGAGGAGGAGAGGGGGCAGGAGCUAAGGGACGCAGAACAGAAGGAGAACCGUGACCCACUUGCACAGUUUGAUGAUGUCAUGCUGGUUCCGGUGCUGGUUCCUUCUCUGAGAUUCUGCGGCCAGCGAGCCCGCUGGACUGGAAACGGCACCUCUCACAAGGGUGAGGUUGGCAUCAGUGCCCGGGUGCUGUUGGAGGCGUUGGAGGGGGAGAGCGUGUCUUCUGACCUGCAGGUCCACAACGAGGGCAGCACAGCCAUCUACUACAGCUGGCAGCGCCUGCCUCAACCCUGCAGCUUCCCCCACACACACACACACACACACACACAGCACUUCUACUUCAACACCUCCACAGGAGUGAUCCUGCCAGGUGAGACCCAGAGGGUGGAGUUCAUCUUCAAGUCGGAGCGUGCGGGCGUGCUGGGCGAGGCGUGGCGCUUCAACACCCACCCGGUCCUGAUGGGCGGAGCCUCGCUGCAAGUCAUCCUGCGGGGCGUGGCCCUCUGCCAAGACCGCACCGCCGACCAGCGGCUCGCCAUCCAGAGGGAGCUGGAGCAGAGGGUGGCUGUGACGGUGUGUCGCUCGUUGGUGUGUGACGUGUUACGAGGAGUCCGAACCCCAGAGAGACCCGGCUCUCCUGCUGAGCUGUACACCACAGAAGAAGAACACUUCCUCUCCAGCAACCCUCGGUUGCAGUACCAGUAUGAGACUGUGGAGGCGCUCAAGGCUCUGUGGCAGCAAGUAGCUGCAGCAGGAGAACCCUGGGACCUCUCAGUCACCAGGCUCCGACAGGUGGUGCUGGCCCUGCCCCAGGGGGAGGAUGGCCCCGAGGCAGCCCAGGACGGCCUCACCAGAGAGGGGGCACUGGAACACUACAACUCCCUGCUUCUGCAGCUUGCUAGGCCACAGCACACGGGAAGACCUCUGCCCCGGACUUCUGUAGGGGUGCAGUUAUGGAGGGAGCUGCUGGACAGCUUGGUCAGUCAGGCACUCUGGCUCAGACACACACUGGGUCUCCCUGACCCUCUGCUGCACCAGGAGAACUGGGGGAGGGUGAAGAAAGAGGAGAUGAAAGAAGACAAGAGGGAGGAGAAGAAGGAGGAGAAGAGGGGAGGCCCGCCCCCUAAGGAGGACAAGAAAGUGGGGAGUGGGAAGGAGGAGAAGAAGGGAGCGCACAAGCCCGCAGUGAAAGAGAAGCCUGUGGAGGAGCGCCCCCCCAGUAAGAAGAAGGGGAGA